GGAAAGUAGACAAAGGAGCGUUGCCGGUACGGGGCUUUCUGUUAUGUUCUUUGGCUCAAGUGCCUCUGUAUCAUGGAAUUUAAAAACCACGAACAUUGUAGUAACUGCGUAAAGCUGUACUGUAACCAACCAAACGUCUGCAAGAUGACUCAAUGCGUGUUCGGUUGUAACAUUCAAUUGCAUGCCUGUAAAAUGGAAGAUCACAAGAAUGUAUGCCAGAAAUGUCGAAUUCCUUGUAUAAAUUCAAUCUAUGGUUGUCCAGCUGUAAUCACUAGAGAAAGUUUAAGGACUCAUCUACGACGUUGCCCUGCCAGUGUAAUAUUUUGCACAAUGGAAUGGAAUCGCUAUCCAGUUUAUUCAAAGUCGCGCUUGAGUUGGGUUCCUUUUUUUCAACCGAAUCCAGUUCUAGUUAAAGGCCAUUUAGAUGUAGAGCUAGCUUUUAGGGAUCAAAGAAUACUUCGUGACGUGUUUAGACGUCGUUGCAAGAAAGGAAAAGCCAAAGUGGAUCUACUUAGAACGUCCGGUGGAUCUUUGACGACCUCGCCGAAUCAACAUGGCAAUGGCCCCCAACCUGCGGCGACGAGGAAAUUGGCGAUGGCUUUGGCGCUGUCUUCGUUAGAAAAUAAACUACGAAAAAAACGUGAUGGUGGACAAUAUUCAGGAGAAGAGGUCGAAAGUGAAUUUUUCUCAGAACUUGAAACUGACUACGAAGAGGAAAGUUCUUGUGACGGUGGACAUGAGAUUAAACUUCACAGGCUACCCAAGGUCCAAGAUAAUGAGCCUGACUUUGAUGGAGAUAGAGAGCCACCUUUUGGCUCCCACACUGGCAAUGAUAUACCACCCCCUCCAAAUCACUUGCCAGUCUAUCUUGACCAACCACUUGGACUGAAUGUUGUCGUGGAAACCUUACCCAAGUUUCAAAAGCAAUUUCCAAUGUAUUCCAUACCUUGCAGUCAAGUGUUUCGUCGAGAUGAAUACAGUGGGCAUUUCAAAAAUGUCCACAGUGAUAUUCAGGGGGGACUUAAUGGCUGGUUAGAGCACCGCUGCCCACUGGCACAGUAUGGCUGCACCUUUGUUCGGUAUAGGCUUCUCCCUCACAGUCAAAAUGGAGCAGUUAUUUUUAAUCAGGAACUUGGAAGCUUUGGCAUUAAACCAUGUGGACAUUUCAGUGGAGUUGAAAAAUGCACAAGUCCUUCCACAGUUACUGCUCAAGGUGAUACUACACAGAUACCUGCCAAAUCCAACAUGGACCUUCUCACUUCUUUACCUUUUGAGAUCCUGGAGAAGAUAGCAAGUUACUUGGAUGGGUUUAGUCUGUGCAACUUUUCUCGGACUUGUAAGCUUGUCAGAGAAAUUUGUAGAAGUGUGCUGGAAACAAAGGGAAUGGUCCUGUUUGAAUGGGAAAAGAGAAUUUAUGACAGUGGCAGCUGGUGUUGGAGGAUAAGGCAAAAGGUUUGUAUCAAUAUAUUUUAGUAUAUAUUUACCAAAUCAGUGAAUAGCAAUUUUUGCGCAUUUUGACUCCCGUAACUCUGAAUAUCCUUGGCUAUGCACCAUUUUGCGACCAGAGCCAAGAUGGUGUCUCGUAUUGAGACAAUUUCGGAAGGUGAAAUUUUUUUUUUUGAGCGAUAAAUGAAGCAGUCAUACAAUUUUAAACAAAUAAACACCAAGAAAGUGAAAAACUUUGACUUGUCCGUGGUUACUGGUAGAUAGAGAAAUACUUUCAUGCUGAAUUUGUAACAAAAUCGUAACAAUGCACUUGAAAAAAUCCUCGAAAUGUUUGUAAAAUUGUAAACAAAGUUCUUACUAAGAGAUGGUUUUGGUUACGAAAAGUUACUUUUUUCAUUUUUAUCUAGCUGAUUUGGUAAAUACUAAAACAACUAUCCCCCUCAGGGUCUGUGAACGGUGGUAGAUAUAUACCUUGACCCUUUGUGUCCCAGUAUAUAACCACCGCUAUUCACCUACCCUUCUGGGGAUAGUUGUAUAUCACAUGUAUUUCUGGCUAUCAGUGAUUAAUAGCUUUCAUUCAUUGGAACUUUCUUUCGUGGAUUACAGUGGUCACUUUUUUAGUAAUGGUACAUAACUGAAUUGUUUCUCAUGACAUUUUUGCAAUACAGGUACUAUGGCUCUUUCUGAUUUAAGAGCCUUAAUUACAACUUAAAAGUUGUAAGCCCACUACUGAUAAAAGUUUCACCCAAAAAGGAUACAUGUAACAGUCAACUUGCAUUUGCUCUGAAAACACAGUUCCUGCUGAUAGUUCUGUACGUAAAAAAGAUGGAAGAUGAUGAUGAUGUUUUUAUACUUGUAUUUCUUAUGUACUUACAGGGUAUCUGUAACAAAAUGAAUAUAACUUUUUUCUUCAACUUAGUUUUGUUGUCUGAAUAUUUUGAUACAUAUUGUACACUUAAUGUCAGAUCCCGAGGGAAACAGUUAGUUUUGUUUUCCUGAGAGUCCUGAUGUUUCCCGAGAGGAGGUCGAGGGAAACAUCAGGACUCGAGGGAAAACAAAACUAACUGGUUUCCCGAGGGACCUGACAUUAAGUGUUUUGUUAUAUUUCUAGACCUUCACUUCAACAGCAACAAAAGAAUAACUGCAGCAAACCAAAACAGUCAACUCGGUACUUAUAACAACACAAAUUUAAUUCUCAAAACCACUCAAUGAAUGAUUUACAAAGUACUUUACUCAUACUAUCUGCAUCUUUUUCCUCCACUAGCUGCUGUUUUUGUUCUGGGAAUUUUUGGGAUAACUUAAAAAAUUGUUGCUUUUUAGCUUGAGGCUUCAUGUUUGUGUUGUUGUGUUCAAUCACGAAAAAGAAAACUAGCAGGACCUGGCAGUGUUUUUCCUGCCUUCUGUCACGCCACUUUCCACCAUGCUUUGAUCACGUGCUGUAAUGUAGCCUGAGCGGGGUACAUUGCUUAAUGUAUCACGAUCGGGAUACAUUUGAUUUUAGUCAAGGCCACGUGACCAAGAAUCAACCAAUGGCAGUCCCUGUUUAGUUGAGUGAAAGUCUACAUGUAGGAAUGUAACAAUGAACAUUAUUAUACACCAUGUAGACUGUAAUUACCAAGAAUGUCUUAUUCUUACCCUUGGUGCAGAAAACAUUGGUUGCUUAGGGGAGGUGGUCAUCUUCAAGGGUAAUCAAGAAAUUGAAUCAGAUUGGAAAGACUCCACUUGUUGUAACUAGUUACAAUGCAUUAUCUUAUUGACUAACGGUCAAUAAUCAAGCAAAAAAAAUGGGCACUGUUUUUUAUUACAGAGAUGGUAUUUCUCCACAUCAUUCUCACCAGUUGACAAGUGGGUUCAUUCCAACUCCCCAUUCAUGGCAGCACACUUGGAAGAAUGCAAGUACUUUGAUCACAGUGUUCCUUCAGAAGAGUUCAGUUACUGUUUUAUCGUUCAAUCCUGUGAUGCAGGCAGUACAUGUAUUGGGGACGGCAAAGGUGAAAACACUGAGAUAGGUCUUGAAUAUGCACUAGCGCAUGGGGAUGAGGAGGCUGAUCAAAUAGCACUGGAAUGUCAAAUGAGUCAAGAGAGCCUAAGUGAUAGUGAAAAAUCAAUAGAUUCUGAUUGUCAACUGCGGGAAGGGGAAAAUUAGGGUUAUAAUAAUUAAAUUAUCAAGAGUUGACUUGCUGGUUUUGUCAUGCAAAAAAUGGACUACUUGGCAAAAUUAGGUAAAAAUAGGUUUAUUAUUAGCCACACCCACUAAAUA